GGAAGACCUCACGUGCCGUCUCGCCAAGCUGCAGUCACACGCAAAUCUACAUGGCGGCGUCCGCAUUAGCAUCUCUGCGCGACCUGUACCGGCACGUGUGGUCCUUCCGCGACCCCAGGAUAGAAGGAUGGGGCGUGGUGACCGAGGGGCGCCUCAUCAUCCCGCUCCUGUUUGCCUACGUGUACCUGGCCAAGAUCGGAGGCCCCCGAUGGAUGAAGAACCGCGAGCCGUACAAACUUCGGCGCGCGAUCCUGACGUACAACGUUGCGACGGCGUUGGUAAACGCCUACUUCUUCUACCGGUACGCGAGAGUAACGUACUUCGGCGGCGGCUACAGCUUCUUCUGCCAAGGCAUCAACAAGGGCGGGUACUCUAUGGAGGUAUUGGAGCUGAACUGGUGGUACGUGUACGUCCGUAUUGCCGACUUCCUCGACACCUUCUUCUUCGUGGCCCGCAAGAAGUUCUCGCAGAUAUCGGCGCUCCACGUCAUCCAUCACUUCCUCGUGGUGCUCAGCGGUUGGGUGUGGCUGAACUUCGGCAACGAGGGCCAAGCACUGCUGGGACUGCUCAUAAACCAGGCUGUGCACGUGAUUAUGUACACGUACUACUUCUUGGCGGCCCUCGGACCGGCGGUGCGACCUUACCUGUGGUGGAAGAAGUACCUGACCAGCCUCCAGAUUGCGCAGUUCGUGUUCGUCGUUGUGCACUUUACUAUUCCGAUUUUCUACGACUGCGGCUAUCCAAAGCCACUGGCAGCCUUUGGCGUCGCGCAGCUCCUGCUCGGACUCGCGUUGUUCAUCAAUUUCUACGUCCAGACGUACAUCCGGAAAAAGGGGGCCAAUAAGGACACGUCGUUGGCCAAUGGUAAAGACAAACAAGGCUGAGAA